AUGCCGUCUCGGUCGCCUGGCUUGUCGGCAGCGUCCUCGCUCGUCGCCUCGCUCGACGUAUCCGAGGCGACGAAGCAGCUCCGCAAAGAGAAGACGACGAUAGUGCAAUGCGCACGUGGCGCGCUCUACUACCUGCGCGACAUCAAAGACAGCGAGGCGGUCUGCGAGCCGCUAGACGGUGGCGAUGAAAGCACUCACACUCUGGCAAGCCUCUGGCAAGUGACAGGCUACGACAGCGAUGAGGAUGGGCUCGCGAGAGAUCCACGGGUGACGAAUAUAAAGCGCCAGCGCACGUCGGCGGGCUCAUCAUGCUCCGCUCUCAUACUCCAACCGUCGUCUGCGCUGACUGCAGCAAUCGAUAAGGAGCCCACUGCUGCCGAGCGGAUGCUGCGCAAGGCGUUUCCGCUGGUGUCGCCGCACGGCACGGCCCAUCUCGAGAAAGCGCUGCGCGAACUCGAGAAGUACGAGCUGGUCUGCCAGGGCGACGACUAUGCCGACCCGGAGUGCCUCGCGACCAACUCCGAGGCGUUGCAGUACGCGCGCGCAAACGCCGUCGUCAAAGGCCUGACGUGGUCGAUCAGCGCGUCCCUCGCGUCGCGCGGGCGGGGGCGCACCCUCGAGCGGCUCAAGGCCGAGCCGUUCCUGGGCGAGUCCAAUGCGCGGAAGGUGCUCGACAUCGUCGAGACCGGCACAUGCAGCGAGCACGGAGCCACGAGGCGCAUGACCGGCGCCCCGGCAAAGCUGGAGCUCGCCUCCGUGCUCUGCCUCAGCGCCAUCCGUGCCGGGGAGCUCGUGGACGAUACGCGCGACCCGAUCCGAUCCAUCGCCGAGCUGCGCGCGCGCCCCGACAGGCUCGCCAGCCUCGGCGGCGGGGUCCGACUGCAGCACUCGCUGGCGGUGCACGAGGACUUGCAGGAGCCCGUGCCCGCCGACGACGCCAUCGCGAUGCUGAGGACGGUGCAGGAGGCCGUGCGCGCGCUCAGCAUACCGCACGCGAACGGCUGGCACGCCGAGUUUGUGGGCGGCGGCCGCACGCGCGGGUUUGCAGGGCACGACGUCGACCUCCUCCUAAGCCACGCGGAGGAGAUGGCGAGCUUCCUGGACGGCAACGGGCAGCCCGUCUUCGUGAUCAACCUGCUGCUCGAGGAGCUGGUGCGGCGGGGGCGCGUGCUGCCCAAGACGGAGGCGUACCACAACAAGAAGACGGCGAGGUAUCGCCACGAGACGCCGCGGCCGUACCUGAGUGACCUCCACAUGGCCAAUGAGACGAGCAAGGGCUACGAGAACCUGCACCACGACCACCACGACAAGUUCUUUGGCAUCUGGCGCAGCGCGCGCACGAGCAAGCUGCACCGGAUCGACAUCGUCGUCUGCUCGCACCCCGAGGAGCUCCCGUUCGCGCGGCUCGGCUGGACGGGCACGCGUACGCUCAACCGGAUGAUGCGGCUGCGCGCCAUCGAGCUUGGCCUCUACCUGGGAGCGCACUCCAUCACCGCACGCGGUAGCCAGACGCCAGGGUCGACCACCACGCAGGUGGUCGUCGAGGCGCGGCCUGGGCGGACGCCCGUGACGGUCACGCUGCAGAAGCUGGAGCCCCUGCCAUUCGAGUACGUGCGCUCGGAAGAGGCGAUCCUCCGCGUGCUGGCGUGUGGCACCGACGAUUUCAUCAACCUCGUGGAGCCGACGAACCGCAACGCGUGA